UUGGCAAGUGCUGAGUCGAAGAAGAAGGUCGCAGCAGUCCGCCAUUUGUGCAGAGGAACAACAACGGCAAUAGCAGCGCAAGCGUUUGAAAGGAACAAGCAAGCACACAAGCAAGAACGCAAUGGCUCGCAUCAGGAACAGGCGCGGUUCGGAGGAGAGCUUGGCGUCGGCCGACGACUCCAUCGACGAGACGCGCAGCGUGAUGUCCUUCAUCCUGUCCCGGCUGCCCGAACACGCGUCCGCCUCUGGCGUCGCCGCUGCCGGCGCUGCUACAGGACUGGGCAGCGGCAGGACCCCGUCGCCGCUGGCCGAGGGCUCCAGCGGGGACGGCGAAGGCACCGCGCUCGCCCUGCCGGCGCCGUACCCCGUGGAGGUGCGCAAGCUGCAGGUCCCGUGGACCGCCGUGGCCGCCCACCUCCCGCGGCUGCUCAAGCUGCUGCUGCUGCUCGUCGCGCACGCCCUCCUCGUAGUCGCAUUCCUCGACACCGGAUGGGACCCCAAGGAGCCAUGGUGCCAGGGCUCGGGCUUUCUGCUCCUGCUGCUGGCGAUGCUGGACGCGUGGCUGUUGUGCGGGCUCUGCUUACGCUGGCUGCCCAGCAAGAAGGUGGCCCUCAUGACAGAACGCGCCAGGAAGCGGACUUUGUGGCUCAGCGAACGGAAGUGGAUCGCCAGAACUGCUUGGGCCGUUGUGUGGCUCGCCGUGCUUCUGUUUGUCGCCAUCGACUCGCGACUGCACCGACCCCGCGUCACGGCCAGCUUCGGAAUGCUUCUUCUGGUCGGCUUCGGAUACGUCUUCUCCAAGAACCGUAACAAAAUCAAGUGGCGCCCCGUGCUAAGCGGCUUCCUGCUCCAGUUCGUGCUGGGCCUGCUCCUGGUGCGCUGGAAGGUCGGCCGAGGCGCCCUGCUCUGCUUCGCCGACAAGAUGAACGCCGCCAUCGCGUUCGCCGGCCACGGGGCGCGCUUCGUGUUCGGCUACCUGGCCACGGGACAGCUCGACGGGGACGGGCUGCCCCAGCAAAAGCCCGUGCUCGCACUCACGGUGCUGUCUGCCGUGGUGUUUUUCGGUCUGCUGGUGUCGUUGUUGUGCCACUGUGGUCUACUGCAGUGCCUCGCACUCAAGGUGGGGCGCCUCAUGGCCGUCGUGAUGGGCACCACCAUUUGCGAGUCCUACUGCGCAACCAGCAACAUGUUUCUAGGCGUGGCCGACUCCGUACUCCUGAUAAAACCGUGCCUGGCGCAGCUGACCAGGUCCGAGAUCCACUGCAUCAUGACCUGCGGCUUCGCCACCAUAUCGGGAAGCCUGUUCGCCGUCUUCACGACCUUCGGCGUGAAGGCCGAGGACAUGAUUGCCGCCUCAUUGAUGUCGGCGCCGGCGGCGCUUGGAUUCGCCAAGCUUUUCUAUCCCGAGAUGGAGGAGAGUUGCCUGGGCCUUGAGAAGUUCAGCGACCCCCGUAAAAGCCGUCCCGGCUGCACCCUGCUGGAGUCCGUGUCGCACGGCUUGUCAGCACAGCUCCGUGUGGCAGCUCACGUGGUGGCCUCGCUGCUGGGAUUCCUGUCCUUCAUGGCGCUGGCUGACUCGCUGCUCGCCUCCCUGGGAUCCCUCGUGGGAUGGCAGUUCGUCACGCUCAACGCAAACCAGCCAAGCAACGAAGCCAAGUGUUUUACUGAACAAUGCGGACUAAAAAUUUCAAGCUUGCUGUGAAAUUCACUGCAUAGAGAGCAGCACUAAGCCCAGCAGUUUCAUUUAGAGGUACUUAGAAAAAACACACAAAUUACUGUAUACUUUAAAUAAUCAAAACAUUGACAACAAAAUUUCUAUUAAUAAAUUAGUUAAAGCUAGGUGAGACAGCAUGCCCUGUAUCACCUGCCAUAGCAAUAUGGCAGAACACCAUAUAAGAAAACUUGUUGUCUAUCCAGCGUGGUGAGACAAAAAGAAAUACAGGUUGCUAGGGUUCUGCAUGAGAAAUUUACCCAAGUGCAGGACGGCAGUGUAUCUGGGCUUCCAUAGAGCAGUUUGCAGCACCGUUGACACGACAAGGAAUGCCUCUGCCCAAAGGGAGGCAUAACAAGCACCCGUAUAAUUCCAGGUGCAAAACAACUCCUUCAGAUACAUCUGCGAGUUGUGGAAAGAGUUUAACAAUAUUGAUAGUUGACGGAAGUUCUGCAAAAAUAAUUCUACGCCUUGCUAAUAGAUCACCAGAAAGAAAAGACAUAAACAAAUCUUCCUAGAUGAGAAGCCACUGGUUGUGUAACGUCCGCACAAGAUGCAAUAACGACUACACUGUAUCUCCAAUUUUUGUCAUUUCUUUUUCUAUACCGUACAUUUCACAAACAUUCUAGCAGCAGCAAUUGAAGGCCAUUGGCAAGGACAAACUUUCUCUGCAGAUUACGGUGGCCACCAAAAGGCUCAGUCAAAAAGCAAAUACAAAGAUUUCACAAGCAUAAACUGGUCAUACUGGCAACGUUAAACGCACUGAGCCUAUGUUACUGCCACUACCAACGCCAUGACAUAUUUGCACCACAAAAGUGAGCAGGCAGUCACUAAAUGCAACUGUGUUCCGAACAGCACAACAUACCUCAAUAAAUGUAACCGAGUUUGAACAACUGCGAAGACAGAAGCAGAGCCAUGUAAAAAAGGAGAAAAGGAAGGCAGAGAUACAUAAGAGCAACAGAAGAGGUCCAAGUAAGCCAGACUGCACAGACAAUGUCACCACCUUGUGCCCUACAUGCACACAUGUGCGCUUGAAGGAUUCACCCAAAAGGCAUCAAACAAGCCCAGUAAGCCCAACGACACUGAACAAAAUGUCCAGUGCAAGCGCACGAUUAUCUUCACGCCUAUCGAGCACAAAGACAGCACCUCAAGUGCUCAAGCCUGUGAAACAUUACACACUGCCCAACCAAGCAUGAUGCAUAAAGUGUGGUAGGACUGUGCCACUAGCUGGCUUGCAGCACAGUGAACCAUGCAUCAGAUGUUCAAGCACAAAGUAAGGUUGACAAUCCUUUGCCAGGAAACAUCGCAAGGAGCCUGUUCUGACGGCGAAUGUGCGCAAUCUUUUCCAUGCAGCUCUCUCAAGUGAUCACGCCGGAGAUGCACAACUCUGACGUUCAGCCUGUGCCUCAGUAUUCCUCAGUGAAAUGCAUGCGAGCAGGGUACCUGCAGCAUGCAACACCUCGGUAACACUUAACAGACUUGCACUUAUGCAGAUUGGCACUCUUUCCUCUAGACACCUCUGCGAAUGUGUGAAAACAUCUGAAAGUACUUAUCAAAGGAAGUCUGAACUGGAAACGUCGCCAAAGAAGGUGCAGAUGCUGACAGCAAAGCGUUAACGAAGCAGUUAGCAAGAUGUUAACAGCAAAGCAGUGCAAUUUUGACAGUAAAAAUUCAGUGAGCUGGUUUGAGCAUUUUAAUGCGAAUUAGCCAGACCAAGAUAGCACAGCACUCGGCCAGUAAAUUUUUGCAGGAAAUUAAUUCCUGAAGUGCAGAUUGUUUUUGGGAGGUGACAUUAGACAUAAAACAAAUGUCUUCUUGUUGACAUGGACACCAUAUUUUCCGGUAUAUAAGUCGCACCUUUGUAUAAGUCACACCCCACUCAAAAUGGCAGCUUUUCUGAAAAAAAAACAUAUAUGUCGGACCAGUGUAUAAGGCGUACCUGUUCAUUCGGUAAGCGAUAUUAAAAAAAAAAGAUAUAUAGUGACAUUUCAGCUUGUGCACGCGGGCCACGUGCAAGCGUACAUAUCGGUGCCAUUCCUACAGAAUUGCGACAGCAAUGAUAUGGACAAUCUGGCCGCAUUUCUGUUGUCGUGGUCCUGGCGAUGUUCCCUAUAAAGUCCAAGGGCGAUAAAAUCAUCCCCGCACCGUAUGCUGUACGUAUGUGCGAGUGAAAGCGUGCGACGGUGAGCCGAAUCGCCCACAAGGGACGAAAGUGGGAAGGGAGCGUGGGAGGGAAGGGGAUGGCUUGUACUCUGGUAGCAAAUGCCUAGCUUGCGCAGCCGCACGUGCCGUAUCUUGAAAGCGAUCUGCAGAUGCGACUUCGGAAUCAGUCAACUCACGGUCGGCCUGCCGCCGCUUGCGUUACUGCUCCGUCCUUCUCACACUGCGCUCGGCUACACAAUCAAGAAAAGAUGCCGGCAGCUCCACAGUGCACACGCAACCCAUCGCAACUGCCAGAGGAGGUCAACCCAGUACGCUUCGCGUGGACAUAGCAUCCAAUCGAAUUUUAAAGCGAAGCUUUCUUUGCCUCUUCCUUCGACUUUCCCACUGCUACUGCUGCUGCUGCUGUGGGCUGCUGUGGCUGCUGCUGUCGCACACACUACGUUGCGGGGUCAUUCAGGGCAUGUAUAUAGAUGUCAGGUGCGAGUAAGAGAGGCAAGGCGACUGGAGAAACUCGUUUUCAUCCCCCUGCGUCGAAUGUUCACAAUGCCCUCUGGAGUUCGCAGGCCAUUGCCACAAUAGCAGCUUGACAGCUGUAAUUCUCCAUGACUACCCUCAGAAGCACUGCAGA